GCCCUGGGGACAGAAGUCCGGGGCCCCAGCCUCACCUCACCUUCUCCCCCCCCUCACACCACAGCUCUCUCCCCAGGUGGUGCCAUUAAACGUAAACAGUGACUGAAAGGGAGCUGGUUAAGCAAACAAGCUUGAACAUCAUUGCCAAAGCCAUUAACACCCACAUGCCAUUCAGUGUCUAGUGGUGUCAACAGCCGAGCUCUGGCCCAAGCUGUGACGCCAUGCCUCAGCAAUCCCUUGCCCCACAGCCAAAAGCCCAGAGGCCCCACUCCACAGCGGCUGUGCGUGUGGUGCAGAUGGAGUGUUGUCCUGCAGCUGCUGGAGAUAUAGCAAAGGUCAAGGCAGGCCAAGUGUCCUCUCUCAGGGGGUGACCAUCUUUUCUGUGCACUAUCAGAUCCCAGAGGAGCACAAAAGCAGCAGGAAUCAUCCCAGCCCAUCUAUCUGUAGAAGGAAGUCAUUCACCCAGAGUCCUGAGACACCUGGAGCAUUCUGGAAUGGGGCUGCGGCAGGGUGUGUUCCUCUCGUGGCUGCUGCUGCUGCUGCUGCUGGGGCAAGGGACCACCCAAAUCUAUUCUUCUCCUGAAGAAAACACAUUGGAAGGACAGCAAUGGCCCAAGUUGCAGACCCUGAAGAAUUUACCAAUCCUGUGCACCCCAGGCGGAUCGAGUGCGUCUUCUAAAUCAGUCCACUCUCUGAGGCCUUCAGACAUUAAACUUGUGGCAGCCAUUGGCCACCUGGAAACUCUGCCAGACUCCGGGAUGGUGGACCUGGAGAUCCAUGAAAGGACAGAGGAAAGGCCAGACAAGACGUGCAUGCAAGUGAUGACAGUCCUUGCAGACAUCUUCCGACAUUUCAAUCCUUCUGUUGUGACGCCUGUGUGCCCUCCUAGAAAGAGCAUUGUCCCCAACAAUGAUGCUGAAGACCUGUGGACUCAGGCUAAGGAACUGGUGAGACGGUUGAAAGAGAACCCGCAACUUGACUUUCAACAUGACUGGAAACUCAUCAAUGUGUUCUUCAGUAAUACAAGCCAGUGUUACCUGUGUCCCUUUGCUCAACAGGAAAGGCAGCUGACGAGCGGCAUGGACAAGCUGGCUGGGAUGUUGGACUACCUGCACCAGGAGGUCCCCAAAGCAUUUGUGAACCUGGUGGAUGUCUCUGAGAUUGCAGCCACAUCACGGGGGCUUCAGGGGACUCAUCUCAGACCUGGACCAGAGCCCUGCAAUUGCUCAGGGGACACUUCAAAGCUGGCCAAGGUUAUAAUGCAGUGGUCCUAUCAGGAAGCCUGGGAAAGCCUCCUGGCCUCCAGCAGGUUCAGUGGGCAGGAGUCCUUUGCAGUGGUUUUCCAGCCCUUCUUCUAUGAGAUGUCGCCACCUCUGGAGAGGCCCCUGCACCAGGAUCCCACCACCCUCGCCUUGAACCUCUGGAACAGCAUGAUGGAGCCAGUGGGGCAGAAAGAUGAGCCACUCAGCACAACAGAGAGGAAGCCAGUGAAAUGUCCGUCUCAGGAGAGCCCCUAUCUCUUCACCUACAAGAAUAGCAACCACCCGAACAGGUUUCGAAAACCCCAAGAGAAGCUUGAGGUGAGAGAAGGAACAGAAAUCAUAUGUCCUGACAAGGACCCCUCCAACACGGUCCCCACCUCAGUUCACAGGCUGAAGGCGGCUGACAUCAAGGUCAUUGGAGCCAUAGGUGACUCUCUCACGGCAGGCAACGGGGCCGGGUCCAAGCCUGGGGACAUCAUUGACGUCAUAACUCAGUACCGAGGCCUGUCCUGGAGUGUCGGCGGAGACCAGAACAUCAGUACCGUGACCACCUUGGCCAACAUCCUCCGGGAAUUCAACCCUGCCCUGCAGGGCUUCUCCAUUGGCACGGGGAAGGAAAACACUCCCGGGGCUUUCUUAAACCAGGCGGUGGCAGGAGCCAAAGCUGAGGAUUUACCGACACAGGCCAGGAAGCUGGUGGACCUGAUGAAGAAUGACUCAAGGAUAAAUUUUCAGGAGGAUUGGAAGAUAAUCACCCUGUUUAUAGGAGGCAAUGAUCUCUGUGAUUUCUGCAAUAACCCGGUCCACUCUUCUCCCCAGAACUUCACGAACAACAUCAUGAAGGCUUUGGACAUCUUCCAUGCUGAGGUUCCUCGGGCAUUUGUGAACCUAGUAAAGGUGCUGGAGAUCGUCAACCUGAGGGAGCUGUACAAGGAGAGAACAAUCAGCUGCCCGCGGCUGAUCCUCAGGGCUAUGUGUCCCUGUGUCUUAAAGUUUGACGAUAACUCAACAGAACUGGCCUCCCUCAUCGAUCUAAACAAGAAGUAUCAGGAGGGGACUCAGCAGCUGAUUGACACUGGGCGUUACGACACGAGGGAGGAUUUCACCGUGGUUGUGCAGCCAUUCCUUGAAAAAGUGGACAUGCCAAAGACCUUGGACGGCUUGCCCGACAGCUCCUUCUUUGCCCCUGACUGUUUUCACUUCAGCAGCAAGGCUCACGCCCACGCAGCCAGUGCCCUCUGGAAAAACAUGCUGGAACCCGUUGGCCAGAAGACGACACAGCAUAAUUUUGAAAACAAGAUGGAUAUCGUGUGUCCGAACCAGGUCUGGCCGUUUCUGGGCACCUCCAAGAACAGCAUGCAGGCCCACGGGACCUGGCUUCCAUGCAGGGACAGAACCCCUUCUGCAUCGCCGCCCACUUCAGUGCAUGCCCUGAGGCCCGCAGAUAUCCAAGUGGUGGCUGCUCUGGGGGAUUCUCUGACUGCUGGCAAUGGAAUCGGCUCCAAACCAGGUGACCUCCUCGAUGUCACCACACAGUAUCGGGGACUAUCAUAUAGUUCAGGCGGGGAUGGCUCCCUGAAGAACGUGACCACCUUACCUAAUAUCCUCCGGGAGUUUAACGGAAACCUCACAGGCUACGCAGUGGGUACUGGUGAUGCCAAUGACACAAAUGCAUUCCUCAACCAGGCUGUUCCUGGAGCCAAGACCAAGCAACUUGCGAACCAAGCCCAGACUCUGGUGCAGAAGAUGAAAGAUGAUCACAGAAUCAAUUUCCAUGAAGACUGGAAGGUCAUCACAGUGCUGAUUGGAGCCCGUGAUCUAUGUGACCACUGCACAGAUUCGAAUUUGCAUUCUGCAGCCAACUUUCUGGAUCAUCUCCGCAAUGCCUUGGACAUCUUGCAUAGAGAGGUGCCCAGAGCCCUGGUCAACCUUGUGGACUUCAUGAAGCCCAGUGUCAUACGGCAGGUGUUCCUGGGGAACCCGGACAAGUGCCCAAUGCAGCAGGCCAGCAUUUUGUGUAACUGUGUCCUGACCCUGCGGGAGAACUCCCCCGAGCUGGCCAGGUUGGAGGCCUUGACACAAGCCUAUCAGAGCAGCAUGCACCAGCUGGUGAACUCAGGCCGCUAUGACACGCGGGAGGACUUCUCUGUGGUGCUGCAGCCCUUCUUCCAGAACGUCCGGCUCCCCAUCCUGCAGAAUGGGCAUCUGGAUACAUCCUUCUUCGCCCCAGAUUGCAUCCACCCAAAUCAGAAAUUCCACUCCCAGCUCUCCAGAGCCCUUUGGGUCAACAUGCUUGAACCACUGGGAAGGAAAACGGAUACCCUGGACCUGACAGAGGAUAUCCCCCUGGCCUGCCCUACCCAGGAUGAGCCCUUCCUGAGAACCUUCCAGAACAGUAACUACACAUACCCCACCACGCCAGCCAUUGAGAACUGGGGCAGUGACUUCCUGUGCACAGAGUGGGGUUCUUCCAGUAGAGUUCCCACCUCAGUCCACGAGCUCCGUCCAGCAGACAUCAAGGUGGUGGCUGCCCUGGGAGACUCACUGACUACAGCGAUGGGAGCUCGACCAAGCAACUCCAGCAACCCACUCACAUCCUGGAGGGGCCUCUCCUGGAGCAUUGGUGGAGAUGGGGCCUUGGAGACCCACACCACACUGCCCAACAUUCUGAAGAAGUUCAACCCCUCCAUCUUUGGAUUCUCCACCAGUACCCAUGAGGAGACAGCAGGAUUAAAUGUAGCAGCGGAAGGAGCCAGAGCUCGUUAACUUCUCUUCCAUCAACCAACAAGCAAGAAUUCACUCAACACCUGCAAAGGAGGAAGCCUCAAGGUGGUUACUAAGAGACACAAAAGAAUCCAAAGGUGAACUCCCUACUCACAAAGAGCUUGCGGUCUACUUAAGAAGACUAAGCAAACAGGAAAUAACUUUUGGGGAAAGACAGUGUUGUGUGUGGCGACACUGCAGACUGACAUGAUUUGAUACUUAGUCACGCACAACAGUUAGAACAGAAGAGUGUAAAGCGUGAACCAAAGACAGAUGUCCCACUGCCCAAGGACAGGCUUGCCCCGACUGGCACCUGGUAGAGUGUGGGAAAAUUAGCGAGAACCCCCCAACAUCAUUUAGCCCAACCUGCUCCUUUACAAGAUGCAGAGCCAGCCCCAGUAGGCAGGAUUCAGCAGGCUGUGCGAGCUCAGAGCAAGGUAACAGCAGCACUGAAAGCAGAAGCCCCGGGCUCUGGGCAAGGAGGAAACGGAGAAUGUGGACAAAUGAGCACAGAGCAAAGUCUCCUGGGGAAGCAGGACUUGGUCAGGGCCUGAGGGUGGGGAGAACACGGCUGGGAAGAAGGAGGGCAUGGACGUUCCUCACUGUCCCUACUCCUCCCGGGAGGGCUUCUCACCUGCAAAUUCUCUUCAUCACAUCUUGAACCGAUCAAAAGGUCACAAGCAUGCUGUGGUGGGUCACCUUUACCCAGGACAGGCUUCCUUUGUAGUUUUCUGAUGUUCUCAUCAGUAGCACUAGUGCACAGGAAGCCAACUCUCCUCCAGGGGAAAAAAGGACAGGCGUGGUCCCCUGUGGGCUCGGCCACACAGAGGUCUUAAACGGCCAUCCCACAUCAGUUAUUACUUUUAUGGCUUCUUUCAUAGAAACUUCCACUGUCUGUAUGCAUUUUGAUGACCUAACUUCUCAUAUACAUCUCUUUUUUAAAGAAACAAAUGUAACUAACACGUGAUAAAUGGUAUGAAUUUAAAGUAUACAAUUCGGGGCUGUAUACUUUAUACAGCUCAGUUGGUAGAGUACUUGCAUCACAUGCACAAGGCCAUGGGUUCGAUCCCCCCCCCACACACACACACACAAAAUAAGUAUGCAAUUCAAUAAAUCCUGACACAUGUAUAUACCUGUGGAGCCACAAUCAAGAUCAAAUGUGCCCAUUACCCACAGGAGUUUCCUUGUACCCCCUCAUAAUUUCUCCAUUCCACUUCUUCCUGGCUCUACCCAGUAUCCCCAUCUCAGACCACCACUGAUCUGCUUUCUGUCACCAUAGGUUACUUUGAAUUUUCUAGAACUUUAUUAUUUUUAAAUAUUUUUUUUUACUUAUAGUUGGACACAAUACCUUCAUUUAUUUUUAUGUGGCGCUAAGGAUAAACCUAGUGCCUCAUACGUGCAAGGCGCACGCUCUAUCACUGAGCCAUAACCCCAGCCCCAAUUUUCUAGAACUUUAUAUAAAUGAAAUCAAAGAAUGUGUACUCCUGUGUGUGUGUGUGUGUGUGUGUGUGUGACUUAUUUCAUCCAGCAAAAAUUAUUUUGAGAAGGAUCCAUGUUGGGUGGAGCCAUAGAUCAUUCCUUUUUAUUAUUAAAUGAUAUUCUUUCGGCAUGCAUAUCACUUUUCCAGAAUGCAGUAUUUAUUGUUUUCUAUAUGGCAGGCAUCUAGGGGAUGAAGGGAGAACUAACCAUGUUUUGUUAGAGAGAGGCAAAAAAAUAAAUAAAUAAAAAAUAGGAAAGGAAGGAGAAGGAAAGAAAAGAAAGAAAGAAAAGAAAAUGUGAGGAGACAUCCAAGUAACCCCAGGGAAGAAAAACAGAAGGAUUAAAGGAGCAGAGAGUGGGACUUAGAAGUAAAGGUUAAAGGAGUCAUUAAGCUGGGAGAGGAGAAAGCUGAGGGGUAAUUUAGGUCUGUGACUUUUUUCAAGUAUACAAAAGGUUAUUUUUAAAACAGGCAAUCGAAUAAGAAAUGAACAGGCUCAGCUCCCAGGGAAGCAGACUGACAAAGUAGCAAGAAAAUCCCUGACGGGAAGGUUGACCGCGUCUCCAGCCAAGUGUCCAGUGAGGCCCAGCCCUGCCGAAGCGGGUAGUUGGAUACAGAUAACGAGGUGUCAGGGUCUGGGUCAAGGUGGCCUCAAGGUCCACAGCAGUUCUCUGAGGAGGACUUGGCUGAGAUUCUGGAGAGCAGAAGCUGGUUGACGGGUUCGGAAAGAGUAGCCUUUGUAGAAUGUUCUUCUUCCUGAAGCAUCGCUCUUCCCAGGCCAAAACCCACAGCAUGAGCCCUUGUUUCUGGGUGACUCUAAGGUCCUUUCUCUUAUCCCU